AAAUUUGAAUUUAUAAAGGUGUCCAGCACUGGCUCUCUGCCCAUAUCCACACGACCACCGAUAGCUGGCUCAGGAACCUGCUGUCUGACACAAAAUGUUAAGACUUACUAUCUGUGUUAUAGCCUUGGUCAGCCAACAUGUAGUGGACUCGGAUGACCACCCUAAGGGUCACCUACAGCCUCUUGGGCGGCACCGACCACCCGUGGGGAGUAUCGAGGAACGGGCCAGCUUCCCUACACCACUAGAAAUGUUUGAGAAAUACGUAAGGGGCAGCAAGCCCGUGAUAUUUCGCGGCAUCUUGGAGAAGGGCAUGCUGCCCGCUUACAAGUUGUGGACGGACUCCUAUCUGAGAGAGAACCAUGGUUCCGAAUACGUGUCCGUGGAGAAAGGGAAAAAAGAGAACAGGAAGUGGAAUAUGCUGAACAUUACAAUGUCUGAGUUCCUGGACAAAUACCAGGAGGAGGACAUCUAUAUGGUCAACGACGCCUCAGAGAGAAUGGCAGAGGACAUUAACAUGCCGUCCAUGUUGUUAUGCGGUGGUUUCCAGAGAGUGGUCCAGAACGUCAUCAUGUGGUUCAGCAGUGGGGGGACCAAGUCUGUCCUACACAACGAUGGUCUAGAUAACGUCAACUGUCUGAUCGACGGCGAGAAAUACCUGGUCAUGAUUGACAAGAAACUCAAAGCAGAUGUAGAAGAGACGGGUUGGAUUCUAAAUGGACAGUAUAGCCAAGUGGACGUGGAAAAAGUAGAUAUGUACAAGUUCCCAAAAUUCCGGAAUUUACCGUGGUAUGAGGUUAAAAUGCAGAAGGGUGAUUGCAUUUUUAUACCUUUCAAAUGGUACCACCACGUAGACUCAAAGAAAGGACGGAACCUGGCUAUUAACGUUUGGAUACACCAUCUCUCUAAAUUCAACGCAAGCGAUUGCAAUGCAACCCCCACAGACGAAAACCGAUUUGUCUCUGUAGCCAAGUUUUUGCAAGAUAACAAAAAGAUAGAUUUAAGAGAUUUUUUUCUUGGAGAGCUUGAAGAUAAAGAGUUCAUUGAUUGGUCAUUCUUUGAAGAUCUUUUGAAACCAUCAGGGCAGGAGAGAGCCGAUUUAAAAAAGCUCUUCGGUGAUUUGGAUGCUGAUGGCGACGGGAAAAUUGUCGAGCACGAGGUGAUGAUGGCAGACUUGACCAGAAUCCUGAAGCAGUUGCCGACUCUACAGGCACUUGUACAAGGCGAAAAUCCAUAUGACACUAGUGAUCAAGAAGAGAGUCUGGCAGAGUCGCUAGACCCUGAAGACAUAAUGGAGGAUUACACUGAAAACGUGUUUGAUGACGUAUUAAGCGAGGACUUGGAACAUUUUGUAAAUUCACCCAAACAAACAGAUACAAGUAGAGAUGAGCUUUGAUUGUCGUUCAAAGAAUUUAAUCCAUUACAAUGUAAUCGUCGCAACUCUAUAUAAGUAUCUUAUAAAAAUACACAUUUCACUUAAAGUGAAGCCAUUGAUAUGUUUAAGAUGGAAGUGGAGCGUAUGUAUUAGAAGAAAUGGCGUUCCUUUAUCACAUUACUAGUAUUUCGAUGUACAAAAUGGUGUAUGGGUACCUCUUUUUAUUGACCAAAUUUCUAAAUAAACAUCUAAUAAUUCGU